AGCUGAGCUCCAGGUCAGAGACCGAACAGCGUCGAGAGUUUUUAGACUAACGAAGUAAGGAAAAGUUUGAACAAGCGGACCUGUCGUCAGCAGAAAAAAAAAAAACAGACAGCAACAGCGGCUCGGUGUUCAGCCUGUCCCGGCCUGUGUGGAGCUUCUUCUGCGGGUGAGAGGCUGUACAAUCCUCGGCAGUGUUCUGAGACUGUACGGCCCAGAUCCCCCCCCCUCCUCUUCAGCCCAACACCAACACACUCUGCCUGGUUUCAUGGACUAAACGCAAGUUCACAGGUUGAAUGCUACGAUCUGUCACACUUUUUUUUUUUCUUGCUUUGACUCUUAAAUUGGACUUAACAUAUAGGCCUAGACUGUCGGGGAAUUACAACAAGGAAAAGAAAUGACUGCCGAAAAGGAGAAAAAGAGGAACAGCUCAGAGCGGCGUAAAGAGAAGUCUCGGGAUGCGGCUCGCUGCAGGCGCAGCAAAGAGACCGAGGUUUUCUACGACCUCGCUCACCAGCUGCCUUUCCCCCACAGCGUCAGCGCUCACCUGGACAAGGCCUCCAUCAUGAGGCUGGCUAUCAGCUUCCUUCGCACACGCAAGCUGCUCGCCACAGGCUCUAGCAGCAGCAGCAGCAGCAGCGGUGGUGACAGUGAGGAGGACAUUCAGAUGGACAGUCUGUAUCUGAAGUCUUUGGAGGGCUUUGUCACUGUGUUAACAUCCGAAGGUGACAUUAUAUUCCUGUCUGAGAACAUCAACAAAUUCCUGGGGCUCACACAGGUGGACCUCACUGGUCACAGCAUCUUUGACUUCACUCAUCCAUGUGACCACGAGGAGAUCAGAGAAAACCUCAGCCUGAAAACAGCUGGCAGCAGCUUCAGUAAAAAAGGCAAAGAGCUGAGCGCUGAACGAGAUUUCUUCAUGAGGAUGAAGUGCACGGUGACCAACAGAGGACGCACCGUCAACCUAAAGUCAGCCAGCUGGAAGGUGCUGCAUUGCACCGGACACCUGAAGAUGUACACCAGCUGCCCUCCACGAGGGCUGUGUGGCUUCAAAGAGCCUCCACUCACCUGCGCUGUUCUGAUGUGCGAACCAAUCCCACACCCGUCCAACAUCGACACGCCGUUGGACAGCAAGACCUUCCUGAGCAGACACAGCAUGGACAUGAAGUUCACCUACUGUGACGAGAGGGUUACAGAGUUGAUGGGUUACACUCCUGACGAUCUGCUGGGUCGUUCAGUGUACGACUUUUACCACGCCCUGGACUCUGACAGCGUCACCAAGAGCCACCACAACUUGUGUACCAAGGGUCAGGCAGUGAGCGGUCAGUAUCGAAUGCUGGCUAAGGACGGAGGCUACGUCUGGGUUGAGACCCAAGGAACGGUGAUUUAUAACAGCCGCAAUUCCCAGCCCCAGUGCAUUGUGUGCGUGAACUACGUCCUCAGUGACAUCGAGGAGAAGUCGAUGAUUUUCUCCCUGGAGCAGACUGAGUCCCUGUUUAAGCCGCGCCACAUGAGCAGCUUCUUCUCCGCUGGAGGUGCUGGUGUGACCGCAGAGCCAGGAGACAACCUCUUCACCAAACUCAAAGAGGAGCCGGAGGACCUGGCCCAGCUGGCUCCGACACCCGGGGACACUAUCAUCGCCCUCGACUUUUGUGGCACUCAGUUUGAGGAGCCCCAGCAGCCAGCAGGGUACAUCCCAGUGUCCGUGUCAGCUAUGCCCCCUCCAGGACCUCGGACCUGGCCCAGCGAAAGCCACCAGCCUUCCCCUCCUGUGUCAUGCCAAACACCUGCUCAGGUUCAAAGAGACAUGGCUAACAUGGCCAGCACAUUCACCGUGCAGCAGAAUCCAUCACCCGGCAGCACUACUCCGAGCCUCAGCAGUUGCUCUACGCCAAGCAGCCCGGGCGAUUACUACAGUUCAUCCGAGAGUGACCUGAAGGUGGAGCUGACUGAGAAACUGUUUGCACUUGACACCGAGUGCAGCGGCGGUUCUGCAGACUCUGAGAGGGACUUAAGUGACCUAGAUCUUGAGACUUUGGCUCCAUACAUCCCAAUGGAUGGUGAGGACUUCCAGUUGAAUCCCAUCAUCCCAGAGUCAGAGCCCCUCGAAGGGGGUCCUGCAGGAUCCAUGGGGAGCAACAGCAGCUUGCCUCAAACGCACCAGCGCGCCCACAAGAGCUUCAGCAGCAUCGCCAGCCUUUUCCAGCCCCUGUCCUCUACACCUCAGGGCCAAGGUCACUACCAGCAGCAGCCUGCUGCGUCCUGGGCCACAGGGGAGAAGCGGGGCUCCGGCCAGGGGACCAUAGACCCCUGCAUAGGGUCUUACACGAUGGGGAACAUGCAGCAUCCCCCAUACCAGGCACCAGCCAGCACCCCUCUGUCCUCCAUGGGGGGCAGGCAGAACCUGCAGUGGCCACCAGACCCGUUGUUAACAUACCAACAACAACAAUCACGAAACACCAAGGGCUACCUGAUGGAGCCUUUGUCAGGAGAGGAGAGAUUGUCCUGCCAACAGAACAUACCACACAUGAUGCAGAAACAGAGGUCCAUUGACAACUUCGUACAAGCCUACAAAGACAUAAGUCCAGCCAGAGUGGCCAUGGCCAACAGUAUCAAGCGCUCCUUCACCCAGAUGACUGUGGGUGAAAAUAAACCUUCAGACAUCAUGUGGAAGAAGAUGAGGGGGGACAGUUUUGGCAGCAUGGAUCGCUCCCUCAGUGCAGGAUCACUGGCAGAUUCAGGGCUGGAGAGGAUGAUGCCAGGCAGUAUGUCUUCAUGUCUGCAGCAACACAGGAAGUCUCAGUAUCCAGGAGUUGGGAUAGGUGGUGUAUAUGAGAAACACUUUUCCCAAAAGAGCUGCAACUAUUCCCAGUAUAACAAGACUGAGGGUGUUGCCAGUUGUUUACUGGGCACUUCCUUCGAGUCCUCCUACCUGCCGGAGUUGACCCGUUACGACUGCGAGGUCAACGUCCCUCUGCAGGGGACCCUGCACCUCCUCCAGGGGUGUGACCUGCUGAGAGCUCUGGACCAUGCCACCUAGAGCCCCGAUUCCGUAACCCGUUUGCAGCCCUAGACUUAAGCCUUUCUUUACAUUAAUACCUCUGGGCCCUCUGAGCGCCGUGAGGCUAAGCUACCUAUAGGGAAUGGUAUUCAUAACCACAUCCUGCCUUAUUUAGCUUAUUUGCCUCAGACCCACAAUCUGUCCCCUGUUUCUUCAUAGCUUUGUAAAUAGACCAUCUACACAAGCUGAUAUAUCAGGGUUAAGCCACUUACACCCCUCAUUACCGAAACUUUGGACACCAGUCAGAGGCAGGUUGAGUGUACAACAAGUGUACUAAGUUGCCCUACAUUGAAAAUAAGAUAUUGGUUACUCAGUGUACAAGAUGUACACAGGACAAAUACCUAUUUGCAAAAUGUUGCAACACUCUGUCUGCCCUGUGACAAAAAGCUGAAUUUGGGUAUUUGGUGUAAAGGGGUAAUAUUGCAGUGAGAUUCAAACACAUAACCUGCCUUAAAGUUGUCACAUCUGCAGCCAUUAACCUGUAGAGGCCACAGCCAGGCGAAUGAUAGGUUUGAAUACAAACUUUAACCAAGUCUUACCCCAGACCUAGUCUAGGUCAGAGACCCCUCACCCUGAUAUGUUCUCUAUGCAGCUCAGUCCCCAGCCCAACACACCUUUUCUUUAUCAGCUAAUCUUUUAGCUCUGAAGAGAAGGUACUAUACUACCUACAUAUUAACAAAACCAGCACUGUGUUUUACUUUGUGAUCAGCAUUUAGGCCCAGUCUACUUUUUCUCAUUUUAACUAAAGCGUUGAGGAACAGUUGGGUAUCAUGAACUGGUUCUGAAUUUUAACCAUUUUUGAAAAUAACAGGAAUCAUCAAAACAUGAAUUCUGCUUAUGUUUGUCCCUUCCAAAAGAUGCUUUUUAAAUUACUGCGGUGCAAUACGUUAAGCUCAAUGUAGCAAUAGUGCCAAAUAAGAUUCCAGGUAUUAAUUAUUAGUGUUGUUUUACUCUCUUACAGCAUGAGGCUGAAAGCAUUAGUUUACAAAUGUAUUGGAUAAUGAUCACCUUAAGUCAAGAAUUGUUGAUCUAAUUUUUUAUCGCAUCAGCAGAUUUUUUUUCUUUACAUCUAUUAGUUUUAUUUAAUUCUCCAACAAAAGCUAAGAACCAAAACUGAAUGAGAGUGAAUGAGCACAAUCAGGACCGAAAUGAUACCCAACUCUGCUCAGGCCUUUAAAUAAGACCGACACAAACAGGUCAUGGGCCUGCCUCUUCUCACCUGAGUCACUUUAUCAUAAUCACUGCUGUGUUUAAGUAACAGCAGAGUGCAGUGUCUUCAUUCAGUCAAACUCUGAUUCUCACAACUUUCACAGUUUGGGUCAACUUUAAUGAUAAAUACAUUAUAAUGUUUUGUUCAGUUAUUAUAUAUUCUAGUUUUCUGUCAUUGAAUUGAAGCAGUGUCGCUUUUAUUAGAGCUCCUCAUGUUAUUUAAUCUAAGAUGACGGGACACUUUACCUUAUCAAUACUGCUUUGUUUCUCCUCUUUGGCUUAUUUCUAUGUUUUUACUCCACCCUACCAGAUUCUUAUUUUUCGUGUCUGACUCACAGACACACUAAUAAAUAUAUACUGCAAUACAUGUACCUUACUGUAACUUAAAAAUGUUUCUUUUUUUCUAUCUUUUCUUGUUAAAUCUGUCAGUCAGGUAAGUAGCUUGUGUGACUACAGGGUUUUUUCUUAUCGUGCAAUUAUCUUAUUGAGCUUAAGCCUCUAUAGUCGGCAGCAAAGCUAGCUGUGUUCACCAAAAUGCAUAGCUUGUACAUAGAAUCAAACUUACACACACUAAAAGAGUUUUGAUAUCGUAGACCCACAAAGACACUUCUCAGAGUACAGUAAAGUAGUGGUCAGUAAAGGUAAGGUGGGGGGAGGGGAAUCCUACAAGUACUUUUACUAAAGUGUACAAGUACACUUUUAAAAACAAAAAAGUACUCUAACUCAGAAUACCAUAUAAUAUACUGUAGGUCUUUAGCCGCCUACCCCUGAUACCAACCAAGAACUUAUUGCUCUGAACAAGUGUCACUACAAAUGGCAACAUGUCCUCAUACCUGCAGCAAGACUGUCACUUGGAACAUGUGGUUAACAUUGAGAAAUUGUCACAGUUUUUUUUAGACAGCAAAACAACCUUGAGAAGUUUAGAGUUUAGAUCAUAUGUUGGUCAUAAUACAAAUGUGGGUUGCAUUACAAAUGUUACCUACACAAUUUAAGAAGUCACACAAUGCCUGUAGGUUUCACAAUGGACUUGAACCCUAGUCUCCUGUCUCCCAUGUCAGAUUACCACAUUUUUGUAUUGUUUCUCCUGUAGGAACUGCUUAGACCCCGAGAGAUAGUUGCCAAUCCUAAACCACAAUAAAGUGGUUUUAAAAAUGUAAAGUUUGUCCGAUGUGUAUGGAAGUCUUUGGAAGGCUCCUUUAAGCUACAUGGAGGACAUUAAGUGGGAUUUGAAGGUCGUUUUGGCCAAUCACAGGGGCUAAUUAGAUGUGCAAUAGGGGGGGUUGAAUAAAAAGCAUUCUGUCUGAACUGAGCAAUAAGUAUUUCUGCUCAUCAGAACCAAAGAAUAGAGCAGUUCUAAUAACUUUGAUUUCCUUUGGCUUGAUAUUAGGGCAAAAUGUAAAAAUAUAAAAAUAUAAAAUAAAGGCUUCUUAAGCUUUUAAUCAACACAGGCCAUGAUGGUUGCCCCCCACCCCAACCCAUUGUCUUUUGACACCACUGCACAAAGCAGGCAGUGUAAGUUCACAUGACAGCAUAGAAGUGCAUGAUCACUUCCUCUUUCACACUACAGUAUAAGAUGUAUAUAGCAGCAUUAGCAUUAGCAUUAGCCUUGGUCUGAGUGCAGCACAGCAGCCUGUGAAGUGACUUUAAUGUGGAGUGUUUGUAUAAUUUGUAAGGAUAAUAGGACAAGGCCAGUUUUUGUUAUAAUUAGAUACACUGCGGCUGCCGAUAUUAAAAAGCUUUCAGGAGAGUAUUAUUAGUCAAAUGAAUACACGAUGGACUAAGGCUAAGGUCAGAUCAUUUUUCAAACUACAAAAUCUAAUUUUCAUCAAAAUGAUGUCAGUAAUAUAAUCAACAGUAUGCCUUCAGUGAAAACACUUGUUUCCCUCUCUUCUCUCCUAUCCUGUGCUCAAAGUGUUUUUCUUUUUUUUCAUUCUCAUUUUUUGAGGUUAAUGUCAUUGUGUGGUGACCACUUUUCUGUAUCAAUUAUAGAGCUUUGUACACAUAUAAGUUACGUAUUUAAAAGAAGACAAAAUUAAUGUUUCGGAUAAUGUUUUAAGUGUUUAUGUGUUCUGGUACUUUGUCCUUAUCUAAACCCCCCCAUUUUAUGCAGAUGGAUCAAAUCCCUCACAGUGCCGAUUCCUCUCAUGCUGUUUCUGUUUCUGUGUCGUGGCAUUUAGUUUUUAGUUUUUUAGUCUGUUGGAUGGGUAGUACUGUUUUUAGUUCAUGCUUUUAAGAAGAUAAAAUAACAAAAAAUGAAAAA